UAAGACCAAACGCUUUGCUAUUGUCCAAGCGGAAAGAGCCAAGUUUAUUAUGAGGACUAUAUGCUCUAGAGACCUCGGGCUAGGCGGCUCUUAGGGGGCUUUUCAUAAAACAGGGCUAGGUUCCUAUAAAGGAGGCCAGUUUUGGAGCAGGCGCUGAGCAGUGAGCAUCUACCCACCGUCCAGCCUUCUUCCGUUUAGUUCAAACCAAACCAGUCAUCUCUCCCCCAAAACUCUGACCGCGCGUCCUCCUCAUUUUCCCUUUUUAUUAUUUUUUUCUUUCCAGCCCAUUUUUGGGUGAUUUUGUUUGACUUUUUUUUUUGUUUUUUUUCCAGGGAAGUGCAGCCUUCUAAAUCUGCCGAGCCUUCUCAAAUGUAUAAAAUGGAGUAUUCUUACCUAAAUUCCUCUGCCUACGAGUCAUGUAUGGCCGGGAUGGACACGUCGAGCUUGGCAUCGGCCUAUGCGGACUUCAGCUCGUGCAGUCAGGCCAGUGGCUUUCAGUACAAUCCCAUCAGGACCACUUUCGGGGCCACCUCCGGCUGUCCGUCGCUGACGCCGGGGUCCUGCAGCCUGGGGACCCUGCGGGACCACCAGAGCAGCCCGUACGCCGCAGUUCCGUACAAACUGUUCACGGAUCACGGCGGACUGAACGAGAAGAGGAAGCAGAGGCGCAUCCGGACCACGUUCACCAGCGCGCAGCUGAAGGAGCUGGAGCGGGUUUUUGCGGAGACACACUACCCGGACAUCUACACCAGAGAGGAGCUGGCGCUGAAAAUUGAUCUGACUGAAGCCAGAGUGCAGGUGUGGUUCCAAAACCGACGCGCCAAAUUCCGCAAGCAGGAGCGAGCAGCCGCGGCGGCCGCAGCUGCCGCCAAGUCCAGCUCCGGGAAGAAGUCCGACUCGAGAGACGAAGACAGCAAAGACACCAAAACCACCGACCCCGACAGCACAGGGGGGCCGGGCCCGAACCCGGUGCCCACCUCCAACUGCGGCGGACCGAGCCCCACCGGCGGCCAGGUCAACACCACCGGGAGCGGACAGGUGGAGCAGGUGAAGACCUCCUCCGUGUCCACCGGCAUGGGAGUGACGGCGCCUAGCCAAGGCUGGGCCACCGCGCCGGGAACCAUCACCUCCAUCCCGGACUCUUUGGGCGGGCCCUUCGCCAGCGUACUGUCGUCCUUGCAAAGACAGAACGGAGCCAAAGCCACGUUAGUAAAGACCAGCAUGUUCUAAUGAAGCCCCGCAGAGCAGGAGGAA